AUGCCCGGCCGUGAUCCUGGCGACGAUUCGGCGUCGACAUUGGGCAAUCGAGUUGCGCGUCUCGUCGUCGAAGCUUUCGAAGACUUACCUCGGAACGGCAAGCCCACCCUGUCCGAGUGGUCGGUUCUUGCAGGCAUCGUGUCAGUACCGACGGACAUAUCGAAAGCUCCGGUCGUUCUGUCUCUCGCGACAGGGACUAAAUGCCUCGGGAAAAGCGAGCGGCGACCUGGAUUGGUUAGCGAUUCCCAUGCAGAAGUUCUCAGCAGAAGACUCCUGAAUCAAUUUCUUCUAAACGAAGUGCGCAAAACAUACACUAGUGAGGAUCGAGGUGUCUCAUCGUAUUUUUCUCUUAAAUCGAGCGGUCUCUGCGAAUGGCGUGGCAAGGCGGCGUCACUAUAUCUCUUUAUUUCUCAAUUACCUUGCGGGGACGCUUCUAUCUGUGACAAAGAUCAUUCCUCUUCCGAUGCCGAUGGUGAUGUACACCGGACGGGAGCCAAACCCGUGAAAAACGGACUACAAGAUCCAAAACUCGAAGGCAAACUCUUCCACAACAUUGGCUUACUACGAACGAAACCCGGUCGUGGUGAACCAACUGACUGUAUGUCUUGUAGCGACAAAAUCGCUCGCUGGAUCGCCUGCGGUGUUCAGGGCUCAUUGCUGUCGAUACUUCUGGUGGGUCCGAUUCCCCUCAGAGGAAUCGUAAUCGGCAGUCCUUCAAUAUACGACGAAGUUUCCCUACGGAGGGCUCUGGUCGACCGUCAUCAAAUGCCUCUCGAAGCCGUGGAAUUCAUCUAUGCGGACGAGUGCAAGUUCCCGCACUCGCGACAUGGAGAUUUGCAGCGAUGUUCGACAAGCGUACUCUUCGGCAGGGACUUGAAGAAAGCUGAGGUUGCUGUGGACGGGCGAAGGCACGGAAUCAUCAGAAAACAUCUUGGAACUCCGAAAGCCGAAUUGAGCAUUUGUCGUCAUCGCAUACUGUUGACGUUUCGGGAAGCACUGGGAGAGAUCCUACGUUCAGGACGCUGUGAGAACAGCGUUGAGGGGCUCAGGGCUCUUAGUUACAUGCAGCUCAAGUCACGACGACCUCUGUGGCUCUGUGAACGUCGGAAACGGUUUGAGCAUAAGAUGCCGCAAUGGACAACCAAAGAAGAUCGAGAUUUUUCUCAGUGAGGCCGACGAGCUCCCCCAAGUUCUCCGAUUCGAACGUUUUCGAAGUGGAUGAUGAUCUCUGCAUCUAGACUGAUUUUCUGACAGCCUCAGCCCACCAUUGCUGCUCAAUGACGAAGACUGGGGAAGAGGGAUCCCAUCGCCCAGCCCGAGGGGAAGCUCAAGGAAGAGGGAACUCGUAUACGAUCCGCCGGAUGAGGUCAUUCCUCUCCGUUGAUUUGUCUCCGUCAUAGCUCAUAACAUACUCUUUCUUGCAUCCACCUCGUUUCCUUGCUCAUCUCGCGAACUGAUUGACUUUAUUACUUUGAUUAUUAUUAUUACUAUCGUUAUUAUAAUUAUUAUUGAAGCAUCGUGAUCAGUUUCCUUAAACCGAGAGUAUAUUUUACAUGAGCAACAAUAAUAAAAAAAUAUCAGACAGCAUCGGUA